AUGGCCCCAGCAGAGUUGAGGGAAUUAAAAGACCAGCUUCAGGACCUUCUCAGUAAGGGUUUUAUUCAACCAAGUAUCUCUCUGUGGGGCGCACUUGUGCUUUUUGUGAAAAAGAAGGAUGGGACUGUGCGGAUCCUGCAGCACGUGUUUACUCGGCGGAAUUUAAAUUCUAGGCAACAGAGAUGGAUGGAAUUGUUGAAGGAUUAUGACAUUACUAUUUUAUAUCAUCUUGGAAAGGCGAAAGAAGUGGCAGAUACCUUGAGCAGGAAGUCCACUAGUAGAGUGUUGGUUUUUAUUGAGGCAAGGUCAUCUCUUUUAGAUCAGAUUAAGUCAAAACAAAGUGUCGAUCCAAUUUUAUGCAAAAUUUGGGACAAGGUAUUGAGUGGUGAGGCCAAGGAGGCCGUGAUUGAUGAAGAGGGCAUCUUUGAGAAUCAAGGGGCGCGCGUGUGUUCCUCGAGUAGGAUGAAGCGUGAUAUAGCUGAUUAUGUUUCCAAGUGUUUAAAUUGUCAGCAGGAUAAGUACGAGCACCAAAGACCUGGUGGUACUCUUGCAGAAUGCCCAUCCUGA